UUAUGAAGGAAAUAGCAAAUGGUUGAGUGCUCACUAUGACCCAGUUGCUUCCCUCUAUACAUUCACUCAGUGUAUUGCCUUGGUUGACAUCUCAGCUGAUGGCGAUAAUAAACUAGUCAUUGCUGAUCUUGGAACAGGGACAUAUGACAUGAAACUGAAAGUAUACAAAGGCACAUCAUUGAUGACAGAGAACACCAUAAUAGACCUACCGACAGGAGUUGUCAGCUUCUACAUGGAUACCAAUGAACCAAGGACACCAGCGGUAGCUGUAGCAUCAGGCCCCUACAUCUAUGUGUAUAAAAAUCUCAGGCCAUAUUUCAAGUUCACCCUCCCAACACUAGAAAUCCAUCCUUUAGAGGCAGACCUCUGGGCACAAGCUAAAGAUGAAAAGAUGGAUGUGAUGGUAUUGAGAGAGAUGCUGGAGAACCUAAGGAGUGAAGGCCACACAUUGACUGUACGUUCACUUCGCCUGUUGCAACUAGGGGACCCUCAAGAUGUUCAACAGUUUGCCAACAUUCAUAAAUAUGCCCCGCUCAAAAGACAGACUGUGAUCACAUGUUUAGAUACAAUGAAGAAGUCAUUGAAUGAUGAUGAUGCCAUUAGCUGUCUUGUCCUUGGUACAGAGAGCAAGUCUAUUUAUGUAUUAGACCCAGAGGCAUUUACAGUUCUCACCAUGAUGUCUUUGCCCAGUGUACCAGUAUUUCUCAGUGUGACAGGACUGUAUGAUGUUGAAUUUAGAAUCGUUGUAGCAUGUAGAAAUGGCGGAAUUUAUACGCUGAAACGUGGCUCCAAGACCCCGAAAUACAGCAUAGAUCUCAAUUCCCAACCAGUGGGCCUAGUAAGAGUAGGCAAGAACAUUGUGGUUGGGUGCAUGGAUGAAACACUGCAGUGUUACACAACAAAGGGAAAGAAAUUGUGGAGCUUACGGUUACCUAGCAGCAUCACAACAAUGAACGUCCUAGAUAAUCCUCAGAAGGGUUUCACAGGUGUGAUGGUUGCUCUCAAUAACUGCCUCAUUCAGAUAUACAAAGACAAGUACCUGAUAAAUACUUUAAAGACAGAAGAUGUAGUGACAGGAAUGAUGUUUGGGAAGUUUGGUAGAGAAGAUAGUACUCUAAUGAUGACUACUAAAGGUGGAGGGCUGAUCGUGAAAAUCCUGAAGAGGUCUGCGAAGUUUGAAGAAAAAGAUAUGUUUGGAGGGCCCCCUCCUCAGCAGAAUGAGAAACUCAACAUUCCAAAGAAAACCAAAUUGUUUGUAGACCAAACGAUGAGGGAAAGAGAAGGAUCAGUAGCGAUGCAUAGAACCUUCCAAAAUGAUUUGUAUAAGCUGCGACUAAUAACUGCGAGAAACUAUGUGAAAGCCAUGGAAACCAGCAUGAACCCAGUCUCCACCAACCCAGAGGAACCUCUAAAGCUUAAUGCAUCGGUGAAUGGAAUAGGUCCCUCUUUCAAGUUAACAGUGAACCUACAGAACACAUCACUCACAAUGGCAGUCAUGGAUAUAGCCAUAAGUUUCCAGUAUGAUGAUAAGCUGUACAGUGUUCAUAAAACAUAUAUACCAGUCCCCAUGUUGGUUCCUGGUCUGAACUAUGUAUUUGAGACAUUUGUGGAAUGCCUCAGUGAUAAGGGAAUCUCAGAGAAUAUCAAGGUGUUUGUACUAAAGAAAGGAAGAUCUAUCCCCAUUAUUACAGCAGUUAUCAACAUGCCAGUCAGUGAGACUAUGGUUGUUGUGUGAGACUGAUUUCUUUUGGUAGCUUGAACAUAGUGCAGUCAGAAUUCAUUCAUGGAAUAAAGUAGAAGAUACUGAAGGAAUACUCGAUCAAGCUUCAGUCAGCUUGUGCCACAGAGACAGAGUUCCAAUUUUGAAAAGUAUAGCCACUUCUCACUGUAUGCAUAUAUUCAGUACAAAAGAUUCUCAAUUUGAGUGACUUGCUUAAACGUAGUCCUCGAAUUUCUUUUAUGCGUAAACACUUUUGAGAUAAGUGGAUGUUGUCAAACAAGAUGUAGUCUUUCAAGUCAUACUACAUACCAAAUACCAUAGACAGUCAAAUAUGUGUUAAAAUAACGAGGCAGUUAUUUGACUAUAUAUCACUCUGGAAAUGGAAUUCAUUUGAAGAAACAUGUUUUUCAAUAAUCAUACCACCUUUGCUGUUGUUACAGUUAUCUUUAUACAGUGAAUAUUCAAAAUGAAUAUUAUUUUUAAUUUAUAACAGAUUGUAUUUUUGCCAGAUGAACAGUGUAAAUAAUGCAAGCUAUGUUGUAGAAAUAUGUUUGUGUAGAAUCCGUCCUUUUUAUUGUCAAUACUUGUAAAGUAUAUAUAAUUUCAUGUGCUGUACAUAAACUGUUUAUUUUUGUAUAUAUGAGAUGUAAUUAUCUGAAUAAUCACAAAGCAACUUUU